AUGAUGACUCUUCAGACGAGCGACUUCACGCCCACUCUCACUACUCUGUCCCUCGGCCUCGCAGCCAUAUGGGCAGCUUCAAUCUUUGCGACCGUUGUUUACCGGCUGUUCCUUGAUCCUCUGUCGAAGUUCCCAGGACCGAAGCUCGCAGCGGCUACAUCCCUCUACGAAGGUUACUACGAUGUCAUCAAGCGGGGAAAGUACAUUCACAAGAUCGAGGAACUGCACCAGCGCUACGGCCCCAUCAUCCGAAUCAAUCCCCAUGAGCUCCAUAUUUACGACUCUAACUUCUAUGAUCACGUGUAUAAUGGUAAAGGCAAAUGGGAGAAGUCUCCUGAGUAUACUCGCUCUAUAGAUUCCGGAACGUCGGUAUUUGGAACCGUAGACCACGACCUACACCGGCUGAGGCGCGCUUCGCUGAACCCGUUCUUCUCGAAGCAAAAGGUCACGGCUUUGCAGUCCGUGAUCCAGGACCUUUCAGGCAAGCUCUGCACCAAGCUGGAGGCCUGCAAGGGCACAGAUACGGCCAUCGAUCUUGAGAGUGCUCUAGGAGAUUUCUCGAUGGAUGUGAUAUCCGAAUACUGUUUCGAUACGAAGAUGGGCCGGGUAGACCGGCCUGGCUUCAGCAGCGACUUCCGUUCCAUCUUCCGAGGGCUUACCGAGCUUGGGCACAUGGCCAAGUUGACUCCUCUUGUCAUGAUGCUGUUCGAUAGUCUACCCGAUAAUGUCGUCCUCUUCUUGAACCCCCGGAUUAAGAUGCUACAGGAGUACGACGCAUCGUGCCUGGCCCUAGCGAAGAGGCUUUUGAGAGCGGAGAGUGAGGGAUCAUGGGAGGACAAAGGUCACCCGACGGUGUUCCGAGAGAUCAUCGCCAGUGCGGACUUACCACCAUCUGAGAAAACACCCGAGCGCCUCCAAGCGGAAGCGAAAGUCAUCAUCAAUGCCGGGACGGUGACAACGUCCUGGGCAUUGACGUCGGCGCUCUGGCACCUGACGGACAACCCAGACCAACUCGCGAAACUGCGUGCCGAGAUCCGCACCGUCAUGUCUGACCCCCGACACAAGCCAGCUAGACUGCAGCAGCUAGAGCAGCUACCGUACCUGACGGCGGUGCUGAACGAGGCGCUACGCAUCAGUACGGGCGUGACAGCAAGAUCGGCGCGAAUCGCCCCCGACCGGAUACUCAUGUACGAUAACUGGGAAAUACCCCGGGGCACCGCCGUAACGCUGACGGCUGCCCACGUGCACUUCGAUCCCGCCAUCUUUCCGAACCCAAAGGUUUUCAAUCCGGAGCGGUGGGUGGGCGAGGCUGAAGCGCGGCAGCGGCUCGAACGAUAUCUCGUCGUGUUCUCGAAAGGCACCCGGGGCUGUCUUGGCAUCAACUUGGCUUGGGCGGAGCUCCGCAUCAUGCUUUCCAAUCUUGUGAUGCGGAUGGACCUCGUGCCGUUUGAGACUACGAAGGACAACAUUGAGUUGUACAGCGACAUGGUUGUCCCGGAGCCGAAGAAUUACCAAGAGCCAGCGCAAUUCCUGAUUCGAUAA